AAAGGGUUACAAUUGUUGGGAAGAACCAGCACAAUGCUCGUGUUCAUUCUGUUAACCUCCUUGGUAGUUUCACUUGCGGCUAAAGAUUGUGAUUUUGAGAGUGGCAAAUGUGGCUGGAUAAACGAUUGCAAUAGUUUCUUAAAAUGGAAUCGUCGCCAGGGAUUUUCUCACACCGGAAAAGGUUACUUUAUGUCCAUGGACGCAAGCAAAGGCAUGCUCGAUGAUAACGCUGGCCUUUACACUAAAUUCAAGGGUGAUACAUGUCUGACCUUUUGGUAUAAUAUGCGAGGAAACGGAGCUGGUUCGAUAGAGGUGAGGGUUGACAUGGGUCGGCUAGUGUUGGAGCUCAAAGGACCUAAAGAUACUGACUGGCACAAGGCUCAAGUCGAGGUCACUAAAGCAAAAAGGAAGGUGCGUUUAAGAUCCCGUUCACACUACGCCGGAGAAAUUUGAAAACAGAGUUUUCACUCUAAAAACGCAUCAAAUGUAACCGUCCGUCCACAAUAUCCCGGAAAAAAAAAUUGAAAACGAAACAAUUUUUGGA